AGCCGCUCUUGUGCCUCCCAUGGCUACUCGGCGUGCCGGACUCGGUCACUUAAUAACGGAGGCGGGCAUAUUGCGCGCGCUCGUUCACACGGUUUUCAACCACUUGCCUCCGGAGAGCGGCUUGGGCCGAGUGCGCAAGGUGUGUCGUGCCGUUCGACGUCUUCUUUCGCGGUCGCGACAGUCUCUCAACAAGCCGCUGGCGGCGCAAGCCGUUGCGGACUGCGAGUUAGCGGCCGCGUACAUAUUGCAGCGAAUGCAAAACGGCCACCAAAUCGAGACUCUCCUGCUGCUUCUCGCGUCCAUUGCGCGCGUACGCAGCCUCUGCCAGCGGCUGGUCAAGGAGCGGAGCAGCACGCCGGAGGACGUGUCCAAGUUGAAGCGUCUGUAUCGCCGCUUGCGCAAGAACGGUUGCGAGAAGCCGGUGUUAUUGAAACGCACAUGCGUACGCGCUCUGCGUUCCGUUCGCGCGGGCCGCAGUAGCUUCGCCGAGGCGGCCCGAAAAAUGCGUGCCGUGUGUGGUGUGUGAACAGUGUGGCGAGUUUUAAAACCCGAAGCCUCUUCCCCCUGCACUGUUGUCUUGCAGUGGCGGUCCCCCCCAAAAUCUCCAUAGAUGAAAAUCCUCGCCUGCCUAGCAAGCAUAGUCAAAACACAACGCACAAGUUAUGUGCAUCUCUGCCCCCUGAAGGAACACAGUUGUUGUCGGUGCCCCUUCCCAGAACAAA